AUGGCACAAGAGCUGUGUUUCGAAGUUCGCCGCCAAAAAUCGCACUAUUUCAUCGACGCCGAUGACAACCAAACGGUGCAGGACCUAAAAAUGAUGAUCGGCGGCAUCGUUCAUGUAAGAAAUCGAUAAUGGGCCGAUAAAUUCGAUUUAAAGCAGUUUCAGCUACCGGCGAACAACAUGGAAUUGUGGAAAAUCGAUGACCACGGCAACAGAAGCCAAGUUUUGCACGACACCGCCACGCUUCAGGAGUGCGGAUACACGCCGUCCAAUGCCAAGGUUUGAAUGGGCGGAAAAUUAUAGAUUUAUCAAGUUUUUAGCCGAAAGUUCUAUUAAAAUAACAAGAUCCGGGUCGGGCCGGGUUUUAGUACUAAACGUUUCAAAAAACACUAUUCUUGUGCCAAAUGUAUUUCCAAAAUCGUGCCUCUUUGCAAUUUUGAGUACUCAAAAUACGAUUUUCGGUUAGAACUAGUUAAUUUCGAUAAAAGAAAGCGAUUUUCCGAGUAAACUUUCUAAAUGUCGACUAAUUUUCAGGCUCAACAGCCGGCGCCAAUCGGACUACGUCUGACGUCAGACGAACACCUCGCCAUCACGGAAGUCUCGACCCCGCCGCCAAUUCCGGACACGAUGCGCCAAGAAGCCGCCCCGACCGACUAG